AUGUACAAUCGGCCAACAAUAUCAUCGACAUUAAAAACCCUAGCAUGUCCGGCCCAUCCAUUCGUAAGGCCUGUUAGCCAACACACAAGUCGAAACAAACUUAAUCCAAAUCCAAAUUGCAAGGAAAAAUACUUCAAACUACAACGAAACAAAACGCGUCUUGAAAGUAUCAAUCCUCCCAGUCGAAGGGAGGAUUGGCUCGUCCCUGAAAACACAUUCAUCGGGCGGCCGGUUCAACACAGAUUCAAUAAGGAGAAAACUACAAUUUCGAUAAAGGCAGAGUUCGGCGGUCGAGGGGGCCUAAGUCACUCUAAUCGCUUCAAUACAGAUAUUAUGGGAAGUCCGAUUUGGCAGCGCCCUGUUAGAGUGACCAGGUCGUAUAAUUUUGAUGGAGGGCAGUGGAGUCUCAACCCUCGUGAAAACACCUUUGCUCCUCGCGAGAGCGCCGACUUUUCAUUGAAGUUAUUACGGAAGAACACGCUGCUUAGGUUGAACGCAAGAGAUGAACUGCGAGUACAGCUAGACGUCGCUUGCAACAAGAAACAUGAACACGAAAGAGAAAAACGAGUUCGGCGACUACGACCUUCUCCAGAAAACGACCCUGUCUCGUAUGUCAUGAAGAAGAAGGAGAAAGAUCUAUCAGCAUUGGUUUAA